AUGUCCAAUCAUUCGUACAUAAUUGGAGUUAUAGGUGAUGAGUCGGACGACGUUACGGUGGCAACUGCGGCCUAUACCGGUAGCCUCAGAGUCUGUCAAAUAAGCUAUUUUUCUUUCGACUAUACACUAAGCCUUCGUCGAUACUUUCCAUUCUUUUAUCGCACAUCCCCACCGGCAUCUUUUCAGGCGACAGCAAUCAUGGAAUUAUUAACUCGUUUUAAUUGGAAUUUGGUUUCAUUUGUCUUUGCAGGCAAUACAGCCAUAGAUUUAAUAUCCAAAUUUAUCUAUUUCGCUGGUCCUUCAUAUAAUAUCUGCUAUAGCUAUUUGGGUAAAAUAAAUGAUAACUACACCAAAUCUGAGUUGGUCGAUGUUGUUUUGAAUCUAAAAAAUCAAUCAUCACGUGUAAUUGUAUUGAUUGGUGUCGAACGUGUAGUUUAUUCUUUCUUUAAGGUUGCCGAAGCAUUAAACUUAACUGGUAUGACCUUCGUAGGUUCUUAUACUUGGUUAACUUCUUCACUCAUGUACAAUAUUAGGGCCGAUGUUAUCGGAGGUAGUAUUGGCUUUAAAUUUAAAGGACGAUCAUUAGAUCGUUAUCAUAGUUACUUAAAAAACCUGAACCUAUGUAAUAAUGGCGAUAAUCCAUGGUUCAUGGAUGUACUGAAAACUCAACUUAGUAAAGCAGGAUAUAACAUCAGUACAGUUUUGAAAGAAUGUACAAUUGAGCAACUACAGUUAUCCUUCCUUAAUUCAAUUCAUUCGCCAUCAUAUAUCUCUAUAUUUGUUAUGGAUGCUGUACUUGCGCUAGCUAACGCAUUUCAUAACGCGAUAGGCUGCAAUUCAACCUCGUGCCCACCAUUAAAUGAUAUCGACUUAAACAAGCUGCGUCUUAAUGAUUUUCUUAACCGUAUUCAGUUUCCUGGUGUGUCAAGUAAUAAUUUCCAGUUUGAUUUCGAAGGUAGUCCAAUUAUGAAACUAGAUAUUGUUAAUUUGCAACGAGAAACUAAUUAUGAAAAUCGAACAGUGAGGCCAGUUAUGAUCGGUUAUUGGGAUAGAGAGGCUGGUGUAGUUAUUAACGAAUCAUUAAUUGAUUGGGAUAAUAAUUCAGUUGGAAAUAACGCUCCUAACUCGCGAUGUUCAUCCCCGUGCCUACCAGGGACAUAUUGGUAUCAUGAUAACAGUAUUGAUAAACGUUAUCGUCCAUGCUGUUGGAAAUGUAAAGUAUGCCCCAAGCAAAGUAUCACCAACACAACAAAUCAAUAUUCUUGUAUACAGUGUUCAAAUGAAACUAAGUCCAAUGCCAACAGAACUGCAUGUAUUCCUUUGAAAGUUGUAACAAUUCGUUGGGAUGAUACUAUUUCCAUUGUAUUCUAUAUUGUCGCGAGCUUAUACUUAAUUGUUUUGCUAUGGAUUUGGUCAGUCAUGAUUCGGAAAAGGGAUACUCCAGUUGUAAAAGGUUCUAACUUUACAUUAGUCAAUAUAUUACUCUUUUUUAUUUCCUUAUGUGUCCCCGCAGGUGGUCUAUUUUUAAGGCCUCCAUCAAUGAUAGUAUGCCAUGCCAGAGUAAUAUUAGUCACCCUUAUGGAUAUAGGUAUACUUGCCACAAUCUUAUGUAAAACAAAUCAAAUUUCGGUCAUUUUUCAAAAUGCUAUCAAUCAGGAUUCUAAAACUGCUCCCCUGAGAAAAACAAGCGUACAAAUUUUAUUCAUUUUCCUCAUUGUAUUUAUCAAUAUUGGUAUUGUAGUUUGUUUAAUGCUAAUCUAUCCUAUAAAAGUUACCAAAAAUGUGAGAAUUGAAGGAUAUUUGACGAUAAUUUGUUUCGAAGAAAGCAGUUACCCCAGCAUAUAUCAGCUGGUAUCCUCUGGCAUAUUGGGUCUACUAUGCGUCUAUCUCGCUUUCAAAGCCCGUUCAUUACCAGACAAUUUCAAUGAAUCUAGAUAUAUUUAUUUAUCUUCAAUUCUGCUUCUGGCUUUGGAAUUUAUUAGUAGUCCUGCAUUAUUCCUCUUAUACGGUAUGGUUCGUGACUAUCUCUUGUCCCUAUUUAUGCUAACCUUUGGUCUUUCGCCUUUACUGUGCUUCUUUAUUCCUAAAAUUUACGUUAUUUACUUUCGGCCGGAUUUAAAUACCAAAGCUGGAAUAAAGAGUAGUAUUACGCAGUUUACAUUUAGCAACCUAUCCGGACACACAAAAUGUGGACAGUCUUACAAAUCAUCUGAUUCAAGCGCCACUAUCACCAGUUCAUGA